UCUUGCUGCUCGGCACAUUUUGUAUUGAGCGCUUGUCAAAAUACGAGAAAUUGAAAUUGACUUCCUUUUUAGUCAGCUUUCGAAAUCGCAAAUCAGUGAAAUAUUCGUUUAGGCGUGUGUGUGCUCAAGUAAAAGCAUAAAAUCACUUACCAAACGCGAAACGUUGAAAGAUCGUGGCGGUGAAAAAGCAACAAGAAGCCACCGCAAGACGAGCAUAAUUCCAAGAAGCAAACGAAAACGAAAAAAAAAAGAAAAAAACUCGUGGACAAUAUUCACAUCGUUUACUUUCGUUAAGUUACGUUGUUUUUUUUUUGACGUGCAACCGCGUACCGUACCGUAACGUAUCGUCACGUUCCGGCGGCCGACCCCCCUCUCCCCACACACCAUACCGCACCUUACCUCUUCAUCGUACCGUCCCCGCCCUAGCUCCCGUUGUCGCGCCGCAUUGCUCCGCUCCGCCCGCUAAGCGCUCGGCCCCCUCCGGCUUUCACGUUCUAUGGUAUUUCAACAAUAAAUUCGUUUGCCAGGCAAAUUACGCAAAAUAAUCCCCAUAAUCAAAAUGAGCAGCUCCGAAGAAGUCUCUUGGGUCACCUGGUUCUGUGGGCUUCGUGGCAACGAGUUCUUCUGUGAGGUUGAUGAGGAUUACAUACAGGAUAAAUUUAAUUUAACUGGAUUAAAUGAGCAGGUGCCCAAUUACCGCCAGGCCUUGGACAUGAUACUAGAUCUAGAACCGGAGGACGAACUGGAGGACAAUCCGUUGCAGUCGGACAUGACCGAACAGGCCGCCGAGAUGCUCUACGGCCUUAUACACGCUAGAUAUAUAUUAACAAAUCGCGGCAUCGCUCAAAUGAUUGAGAAAUAUCAAACUGGCGAUUUCGGACACUGCCCACGUGUCUACUGUGAAAGCCAGCCAAUGUUGCCUUUGGGCCUUUCGGACAUACCCGGUGAGGCAAUGGUGAAGACCUAUUGCCCAAAGUGCAUUGAUGUCUAUACACCAAAAUCAUCACGUCAUCAUCACACUGAUGGCGCAUACUUUGGUACUGGAUUUCCACACAUGCUCUUCAUGGUGCAUCCGGAGUAUCGCCCCAAGCGUCCUACUAACCAAUUUGUUCCACGGCUGUAUGGCUUUAAAAUUCACAGCUUAGCUUAUCAAAUUCAGCUGCAGGCAGCAGCCAAUUUCAAAAUGCCACUACGAGCGCACCUAGAACUCAAGAAUUCCCAAGAAUCGACCAAAAACAACAAUCAAAACGGGACAAACCCACAACUCCUUACAACUAAAGUGUACCCUCUAGAUGAGCGGCACUACACUAUGGUACCCACAUACUAUUAUGCCGAAAAUUAUGUUAUCGAUUCGGAUACAUGCUCAUCCCUCUCGUCACACAUUUCACCGGCGGAAACGAACUCGGAGGCGGCUCCAUCAGCAGCAGUUGUAGCUCCAGUGAGCCACUCUCUAGUGGAGCCGGAUUGUGCCACUCCAGUAUCGGGAUCAGAGGGAAACGGGCCAUCUCCCCCAUCAAGUUCAGUGUACUCUCUGCAGGAUGAGAUUGAUCAGAACAAGAGCAAUGAAAUAAUCGAAUACGAUACGUUCACAUCGUUCUCGUCACAUUUCACAGUAUCGGGAUUGAGCUCGGGGGAUCCACAAGAAGAAGAUAUCCAAACGGAAAAUUUCCAAGAAGAAGAUUCAUGUGAAGAAGAUCCCUACGAGGAAGAUACCCAAGAACAGGAUCCACGUGGAUAAAAAGACAAAAAGCAACCACAGUAAGAGAGAGAGAGAAAUAAUGUGAGAGAGGGAGAUACAACUGGAUGGCGGCAACAGAGAAACAGCAAGCACUGCACAGAACCUAACACACAUAAACCUAACACACACAUAUACACACAUAGAUACAAAACACACACACACACACACAUAGCACA